UCAUGUCAGUCAAAACCAUCAUCAUGCAAAAUUUUAGUAAAUCAUUCCAACUUAUAUUCAGCAGAUCCCUCAUAACAUCAGCUAUCAGAACAGCAGUAAAAUCAAAUAAGAAAAAGAAUCAACACACCAUCGUCAUAGUUCCUCCGACGCACAAUGAUUACAAUGACGUUCUCAAAUUCAUGAAGAAGGAAUACAUACCCAAUGAACCGACCUGUAAAUCUCUUGGUAUAACCAGCUGUUCGAUACUAAUGGACCGUAUACUUUUAAAUUUGUCGCAGGGUUACUCCUUAAUUGCGAAAUGCAAGAAUACAGGAAAUAUAAUGGGGGUGGCAAUUAACGAGAAAACAAGCCCUUGGGAUGCAGAUUUAGUUGACAAAAUUGCACAUUCUGUUCAGUGUCCCAAUCUUAGGAAAGUGCUUCGAUUCUACGCUUUCCUUGAAAGAGCUCCAAAUAUUUUCGAUAAAUAUAAAGUACAUGAGGUUUUUGAGAUAGCAAAUUUGGGAGUGGCAGAAAAUUCUCAAAACUUGGGAAUUGCAACAAGGCUUGUGAAAGAGUCUAAAAAUAUUGCAGCCAGUAAAGGCUUCAGCAUUCUGCGCGUAGAUGCUACCAGUUUCUACACGGCUCGAAUUUGUGAAAAAUUGAAUAUGGAAUCUAUCUUAGAAAUUCCUUACGAUUCCUACCUUGAUGCAGAUAGACAACCAGUGUUUAAAGUUCCGAAACCACACACCGGCGUAAAAGUUUACAUAAUGAAGUUAGGUGCAAAAAAAUAAAAAAAAUAAGAUUAACAAAAAAUGAGGAAAAUAUUUGAUGCAUGCUGAACCUCAGUUCCUCAUCGGCAAAGCUAAGCCCCAUGAAUAUGACAUCAUCGUCAGGGAAAUGUACAGAUCCUUCUAUCCAGAUGAGCCUGUCAGUUUUUCCUUGAAAUUUCGCUGCGAUCCCAAGCUCGAUGAACU